AUCGAAAAAGUUCGUGCCCUUUCGAGAAUUUUCCGGAGAUUCCCGAACAUUCCCGAGUAUGUCUCAACCCCCCACUCCACCGCACUUUUGUAUAUCGUUGUACACACGGGCGCGGCCAUUGCCGUGUAGUUUACUUGAUCUCUCACUGGAAUUAAUUUAUUUCCAUAAUAAAAUUGUCAUUCUUGUUGACUAUUCCUCUAAUGAAAUUGUUAAUGAGAUUAUACGGAAAGAGUUUAUCAAUGGUUGAAGUGAGAAAUAGUGAAAUUUUUUGAGUGAGCAACAAGUGUGUCUGGAACGUGUCAUUCGAAGGUUCAUCAAGCCUCUGUCAACAAGUAUUUUCAUCUGCAGCCAUGAUUACGAAGGCAUUUUGUGUUAUUUUAUUGCUGGGAAUGCUUAAUAAAGAAGUUUCAGGGGCUGGCGGGUGGUUAGUCUGCUACCGUUGCAACAGUAAUGAGCCGGGGUGUGGUUCCCCACUGAAUUGGCUGUGGUACUGGGGGCAAUACUGUCCCGAGGAUGAUGAUGUUUGUGUGAAAGUCAUUGAACGUAAAGGAGCGGAGGAGAUGAUCACGAGAGAGUGCCUGAGCUCCCUGAAAGGCUUCAGGACGGACAUUCCAGCUGACAAGUAUGAGGGCUGUCGUCCAGCAGCCAAAGACGUGCGUCUGGGCCACUACGUCAACAACACCAUAACCCAGCUCGACAUCCACAGAGAUUACUACGACGAAACAACGUGGUGCUUCUGCUACUUUGACAACAGAUGUAACAGUGCCACUGGACUCAAAAUCUCCGGACUCCUCAUCCUCCUUGGUACCUUCGUCCACCGCUUCUCGAGCUAAGAUUACAAUUUGUAAAUUAAUUUAAACUAAUGAUGUUAUUCGUACGAGUAGACUAUAAUUGUAUGAAACGUACAAGGAAUCGUGGGAAUUCGAAGUCUAUUGGCUUCAGUUUCACGUCUAGUCCGUCCAUUUAAUUAGUAUCGAGAUUAAUGUGGAUUGAAUCCGUCCAAUAAUCGAUAGAAAAUCAAUGCGAAUUUUAUAUAGUUUUAUAAAGAAUUUUAUAUACCUUUUUUAAUGAAGGUGAUCGUAUGAUCAUUUGCCUUUUUAAUUUUUAUACUUCAGUUUUGAACAAUUACACUGCUAGGAAUUCUCUGUUACAUGCCAAUCGUCAAUUUGUAACUUUGGGUUGAAUUUAAGAUGAAAAGUGUCCAUGAAUUUCCGAUUCAUAUCAGAUACAUUUUUCAAAACCCCCCAAAAACGGUGAAAAUUCUUAGACUCAUCGUGUAAAUCGAGAAAAUAGACCUUAUUAUCAUCACAUCAAAUUGAAAUUUCAAUUUGUAUUAAAUUCUGCCAGAAUUAAUCUAUUCUUGAAUGAAAAAAAUUACUUAAAUUUCAUGAAAAUUAAUUGUUGAUUAAUAUUUCAAGAAAUUUGGCUUGCAAUCUUGUACGAAUUCAGUGGUGAAAAGAGAAAAAAUGCAUUUCGCCAUUUUUUUAUUAUCAAUUACUCUUACAGUAUCAUGAUUACAAAUUUGUAUUUUUACAAAGGUAUUGUUAAAUCUCACUUGAUCUUUUAAUCUUCGUUUCAUCUUAUAUUUCCAAUAUAAUUAGAACGAAGGACAAUGUGUAAAUGUAUGUUUGCCUGUAGAAAUCAAACACAAUGGAAAAUAAAGUUCUUUUUUUUUAUAACA